AUGGGCGACGAUAUAGAUGAAGGCUACGAGACUAUCAUGAGUUCGACCUCAAGUCAGUCUUGCACAACCUGGGCAACUAUUCAGGGUACUUUGAUCGAACCGCGCGAGAAAGAAACCAAGGAACAAGUAAUCGCCAAAAUUGAUACACUAUACGAGUCCGGCGUUCCUUUUUUCACCAAGAACGCAAUCCGCGCGCUGUCGAAUCAACUUAAGACCAAAACCACCCCCGGAGAUAAAAUCAUUACCAAGGACCUGACUGGUGCGAGUAUUGAAUGGAAAUCGUUGGACUGGUAUGGUGUUCAGGACACGGCUUACGAACCUUUGUCUUUGUCGUACCGGAUACGCCAGCUUGAUCCUAACAGUAAAACCAAGGAAACUAUUCCCGAUAACUUGGAAGAUACAAAAGACCGCGAAACGGUAGCCAAAGACUUUCUAGAGAAGAGUCAGGCCUGGGAAGAAAGCGAGACGUGCCAGCGUUUCAAAUCGAUCUUAUCUUCCGAAGUCAACGGCCACGAUAUCAACAAGAUCGUCGGCCUAGCUUGCGGUAGUUUGGCCUUGCCAAAUAACGAAAAUGCCACGAAUCAAACUGCGUUACUAGUCACUGUGAGAAAUUGGUUGAAAGACCGGGACCAGGACGCCGAUAUAUCUUGCUACAUCCAAGAUCCGAUGAACACCUCCGUUGACAGGAAAGUUCUCGCAGAUAUCGGGUUCGAGAUGAUUGACGAUCCACGCGGUUGGCUUGAGAUUGAUGAGCGAUCGGUUGUGCUCUCGGUGGCUCCGAAUGUCCCUGUUAAAGAAAUUAUCGCGGACACCGCGAGGCCUGCCGUUGUGAUAUGGAAUCGGGUUGAAGAGGAGGAUACAAAAUCGUGA